GAGGGGAAAUACUUUCAGUGAUCCUUUAGAACACGCAUGUUUUUGUGUGCUUUUGUGGGUACAUUAUUUGGGACGUAUGUUCUUGGCGAAUUUCUUAAUCUGGAAGCCCGAGCGGACUAUAAAAGGCGCACGCAGCCCAAUUUCCGGAGGACAGAGAUUGCGAAGAACAACCAGGAAGCAGCUGGGUUGGGAGCUGUCCCCGGUUCUCCGCUUUGCUUUCGAGGGUGCCUCCAGGGGUCCCUAAGCCGCGGCCCCCCGACUGGUCCUAGGCUCCGGCCCGGGUCCAUCACUCCGGAGCUGCCAUGUCAUCCGAUUUCGAAGGCUAUGAGCAGGACUUCGCGGUGCUCACUUCAGAGAUCACCAGCAAGAUUUCGAGGGUCCCCCGUCUCCCGCCUGAUGAGAAGAAACAAAUGGUUGCAAAUGUGGAGAAACAGCUUGAAGAGGCCAAAGAACUGCUUGAACAGAUGGAUUUGGAAGUCCGAGAGAUACCACCACAAAGUCGAGGAAUGUACAGCAACAGAAUGAGAAGCUACAAGCAAGAAAUGGGAAAACUCGAAACAGAUUUUAAAAGGUCACGGAUCGCCUACAGUGACGAAGUACGGAAUGAGCUCCUAGGGGAUGAUGGGAAUUCCUCAGAGAACCAGAGGGCACAUCUGCUCGAUAACACAGAGAGGCUGGAAAGGUCAUCACGGAGACUAGAGGCUGGGUACCAAAUAGCAGUGGAAACCGAACAAAUCGGCCAGGAGAUGUUGGAAAACCUCAGUCAUGACAGAGAAAAGAUACAACGAGCACGGGAAAGACUUCGGGAAACAGAUGCAAACUUGGGGAAGAGCUCCAGGAUUCUGACGGGGAUGUUGCGAAGAAUCAUCCAGAACCGCAUCCUGCUCGUCCUCCUGGGAAUCAUCGUGGUCGUCACCAUCCUGACAGCGGUCACUUUUUUUGUCCGAGGACACUGAUGUAUCAGCUCUCCCUUGAUAAACAGCAACCGAGGCUUGUUCUGAGUAAUUAAGACAAAAUGGUCACAUGAAUCAUUCUUUUGCGCUGACAGGCCCUGGGUGACCCUCUCUCUCCCUCACCACUGUUCAGCUAAAGUGCAAAGAGUGUAAAAAUAUUUUCUAUUCCUGUUUGCAUGUGGGUUGGUUUCCUUUUCUAGAUUUGUCUUCACCCAGAUUUGCUUUUAUAGGCAAAGGUGAAUGUUUAUUUGCCUUUGGGUAAUGUCAUCUGUUGUCCAAAAUAGCCUUGGUGACAUUCUUCCUUACCCUGCGGACAUGUGAGGGGUCAUGGUUUGGAAGAGGGUAUGAUGAGUCAGUCACGAGAGUUUCUGUCUGUCACGUAUCUCUUGUCACCAAAAAGUCCUUCUAUGAUGUCCAAGGAUAAAAAUGCAAAGAAAACCAGGGGCCAGGGCCAGGGCCCAGCUCCUACAAGCCAGCCCUGUCCCUUCUCAGGCUUAAUAAAUACAGUCAACCUGCCUGAGCGCUUUUAUUGCAAAGGAAGGUAUUUAAUGUCACUUGUACAGGAAAUUGACUUAGCACUUUCCCUGUUUUUCUAUUGCAUAAUUUUUUUAACCCAAGAAUAUUUUUGCUGAACCUGCCCAAUAUCCACUUUUCUCAACUUUGGUUACUAGCCACAAGAAAUAUUUCCCUGCCUUCCCCAAAUCACACUUACCCCCAGAAUUUGCUGGCAAAAGGAACCCUGGCACAGUAUUUAAUGGUGACCUCAUCUUCCCUGACCCGUGUAAGCAUCUCUGUAUCCUUUCAGUUUUAAUAUCUGCUCUGCCAAAAGCAGCCCUCAAACAUGCAAAAGGUCUGACAAGGUUCUCUCCACAUCCAUUCCAGUAUGUAAAGAGAACAUGAAUAUUUCAGUAAGAGCAAGAACAUGACUGUCGGUGUGAAAUUUCCAAUGUGGUUAUAAAUCUGGGGGAGUCCUAUAGGAGGAUCCACUAGAAAUAAACUUUGUGGAAAAUGUUCACUAACCUCCUUUCAAAGAAUGAGGGAUUGCGGAGAGUUACAAAAGGACCACUUGGGUUUUUUACCAACAAAUGUUAGUAAAGCCUUUCCUGAAUUCACUGUAUGCCAACCUCCAACAUGCUCUGUGAUUUUUCUUUCUCUCUGAGGUAACCGGGAAUUGCGUUCAAAAUGAGUUCAUUUGUGAUCGAGCUUAAAAGUUGCCCAAGCUGAGGUCAUUUUCCCCCUAGUCAUAAAGCAAAAUGUGUUUUUCUUAAGACUUCAUAGGCACUUAUGGGGUCCCUACUAUCUUUUGAAUAUAAUUGGACGCUUUGAAUCCUCGAAAAGCAAACCUGUUCUCCUCAUAAAACAUGCUAACCGCCUGUGCUCGUGGAUCAAGAUCAUCCGAAGGCGGCACUUGAUAUUUUUCCCCAAUUCGGAAGAGAGCUAUUAGUUGGAGAGGAAAUGCAGACUUCACAACCCACCAGAGGAAUCGUAUUUAUCAAAACGGGCCAGGGCCUGCAUGUGUUCGGAUAAAUCAUUUAGUAUUGUGUAAAUAAAGCUGCAGCCUCCAUGUCAGGGAUGGGAUGGGAUUUUGGCUGAGCAAAGUAGGACAGCAAAGGAGCAGGAAGCUGUGCUGCUGUUCCUGUCAGUUCAAGGGACCCAUCUCAGCGAGGAUCUCUCAUCCUGACAUCCCAAUUCUGGAUGUUCCCAACACAUGGAAGAAACUAUUGAGAGCAAGGAAACACAACCCCUUCUCAUUCUGGAACAGGGAUCAUUGGGAAGUGCACGGACCCUUUGGUGACUCCACUUGACCUUAGUGAAGGGCGUGACCUGUCUGAGCUGCGCCUCCGCCCCCACCCUUCACACUCCGUGCACCCUGGCCACAGCCACCUAGCGAGCAAGAUUGAGCUGAUGACCUCUACUCGCUGGCUCCUAGGUAUUUCACUGAAUCCCUGUGUUCCUGUUGAAGCAGAUGAGAAAGAAGGAGCUCAUUCCCUGCUCACUUCUCAAUGUUUUUUCCCUACCAUGUCCUAUGUCUGUGAUUUUGCCCCAGAUCAAUCUUGGGAUUGAUAUAAACAGAGAACCCUCGACCUAUUAGCUCCACCAAACCCCCUCCAGAGCAACCACCUAGACCAGGCCAGCGAGCGCUUGGUGAGGAAGCUGGUGAAGGUCCCUUGUGCCCAUUCUUGGCCCUCCUGGAUGCUGCAAGGGAGACUCAAAGGGCCCCAAGGGAGGCCAGGUGCAUGCCCUCCCUCCUGCUGCACUGGGGAAGGAAGACAGUCCACACGUUUGAAGCAGGUCCUGGGUCUAUGGAAGGUUCUAGGCACCUAAUAUGUAGACUGUGAUUGUUGAAUAUUCCCAAAGUUGGCAGCCUUUGUUAAAAAUGAUGCUUGACGGGAGGGUGGAGGGGAGAUGAAGAUGAAGGUGUGGAGGAGGAAGAAGAGAAGGAAGCCCUGGCCAUAUAAAAUUCAUGCAGACUAAACAGUUUCCCUGGCAGAAUAAAUAAAGCGGAUGCUACCCUGCUCCAGAAUCAAAAGCAAUUUAAUUAAAGUCUCUUAAGUUGUAAAGAGUUUUAAAUGUUCCGUGUUGAAGGCGAAAGCCUACAAAUGCAGCCGGCUGACGUCAGCGGCCGGGCCUGGGCUGGGAGGCCAUUUGCUAUUCUGUUUCAGGCAGGCUGGAUUGUCUUAUUUUGGAACCAGCUUGGUGGGGGGUUUGCUUUGCUACUGCUUCUGAGCCCUGAGCUUCAAAGGCUGAAAUUAAUGGUGAACAAAAUUGUGCGGCUCUGGCCGUCCCAUGCGGGGCAGGCCCAUUGAGGGUUAUCAUUAAGUAAAGAAAUAAAGAGGGGGAAAAAGGCUGCCUGUUCCAAAAACCUCAUCAGAUAAUGACCUCGGUGAUUGGGUUUUCAUUACCAAACAGCAACCAGAGAUUACCAACCCAGUGGAAGAAGGGAGGGGGGGGAAGAAAGAAAGGAAAAGCCACUGUCUUUCUCUCCCUCUCUCUCUCCUUUUUUUUUUUUUCCCUGCACAUCUUUUCUUUAAAACUGUCAGAUCAUUUCAGUAUUUCAAAUCCGAGGAAAACAGCCUGCCUGCUGCUGUAUUUGAAGUUGUAAUGGUGUCAAAAAGUCACGACUGACUGACAGCCGUCAGUCCCAGAGGGGCUCAUUAAAUCAUAAAAACUUGACAAGGAAAUAAUUGCGCAUCGCCAGCAACUUGGCGCCUGUUUAGACGUUUUUAUUUUCUUUCAUUAUUAGUCCCCACAUUACGUUCAUUAACAAAUUGCAUUAAACAACUGUUAAGGGCUAA